CAAGUCAUCAGAAAUUACACUCAGCCUGCCCAUUCUUAUAAGAGUCAGGAAUCCUUUAUACUAUUUCUCUCAUGUGGGCUCAGUACUGUUGAUCUGUUCUCUCUCUCUCUUUAUCUGUUAAUUGACAUUUCUCUUGCCAGGCUAUAUCCUACUAAAAGGAUGCAGAAAUUAGAGAGGUGAACCUCACUAUUGAGUUUACUCCUAAAAAGAGUUGGUGAUUACAUUACAACUUGUAUGUCAGAAACUAAGUAGAAGAACCACCAGAAUACAUUGAAAAUAUUGUAAAUAAAGGAUAUAUUUCCAGUGUUCUAAGUAUCAUGCUUUCUGUUGUACAUGUGUGUGGAUAUUUUAGAUAGCAUUGACCUACAAUGAUGUGCAUGUGAAUUUCACUCGAGAAGAGUGGGCUUUGCUGGAUCCUUCCCAGAGGAAUCUCUACAAAGAUAUAAUGCUGGAGACCUACAGGAACCUCACUGCUAUAGGCCACAAUUGGGAAAGUCAUAAUAUAGAAGAGCAUUGUCAAAGUUCUAGAAGAUAUGCAAAGUAUGAAAACAAUCAUUGUGCCGACAAACUCCCUGAAGAUACUCAAUAUGAAGUCUUUGCAAAUCACAGUAGUCCCCACACAUGUAAAAGUAUGCAUACUGGUGCGGAUAACUAUGAAUGUAGCCAAUAUGGUAAUGCCUUUGCACAGAAAAGUCAUGUCCUAAGACUCAAAAGGAUACAUAGAGUAGAGAGCCCUCAUGAAUGUAACCGAUAUGGUAAAGCCUAUGCAACUAACAGUGAUCUCCUAAGACAUAAAGGAAUUCACACUGGAGAAAAACCUUAUGAAUGUAAUCAAUGUGGUAAAGCUUUUGUACGUAACAGUCAUCUCCUAAUACAUAAAAGAACUCACACUGGAGAGAAACCGUAUGAAUGUAACCAAUGUGGUAAAGCCUUUGCAUGUAACAGUGAUCUCCAAAAACAUAAAAGAACUCACACUGGAGAGAAACCUUAUAAAUGUAACCAAUGUGGUAAAGCCUUUGAACAGAACAGUAAUCUCCUAGUUCAUAAAAGAACUCACACUGGAGAGAAACCUUAUGAAUGUAACCAAUGUGGUAAAGCCUUUGCAACGAACAGUCAUCUCCUAGUUCAUAAAAGAACUCACACUGGAGAGAAACCUUAUGAAUGUAUCCAAUGUGGUAAAGCCUUUGCCGAUAACAGUAGUUGCCAAAGACAUAAAAGAACUCACACAGGAGAGAAACCUUAUGGAUGUAACCAAUGUGGUAAAGCCUUUGCAUGUAACAGUCAUCUCCUAGUACAUGAAAAAACACUCACUGGAGAGAAACCUUAUGAAUGUAACCAAUGUGGUAAAACCAUUGCAUGUAACAGUAGUCUCCAAAAACACAAAAGAAUUCACACUGGAGAGAAACAAUAUGAAUGUAACCAAUGUGGUAUAGCCUUUUCACAGAACAGUCAUCUCCUAAUACAUAAAAGAACUCACACUGGAGAGAAACCUUAUGAAUGUAACCAAUGUGGUAAAGCUUUUGUACGUAACAGUCAUCUCCUAAUACAUAAAAGAACUCACACUGGAGAAAAACCUUAUGAAUAUAUCCAAUGUAAUAAAGCCUUUUUACAGAACAGUCAUCUCCUAAAACAUAAAAGAACUCACACUGGCGAGAAACCUUGUGAAUGUAACCGAUGUGGUAAAGCCUUUGCAUGUAAGAGUAGUCUUUUAGUACAUGAACAAACUCACACUGGAGAGAAACCUUAUGAAUGUAACCAAUGUGGUAAAACCUUUUCACUGAACAGUCAACUCUUAAUACAUAAAAGAACUCACACUGGAGAGAAACCUUAUGAAUGUAACCAAUGUGGUAAAGCUUUUGUACGUAACAGGCAUCUCCUAAUACAUAAAAGAACUCACACUGGAGAGAAACCUAAUGAAUGUAACCAAUGUGGUAAAGCCUUUGAACGGAACAGUAAUCUCCUAGUACAUAAAAGAACUCACACUGGAGAAAAACCUUAUGAAUGUAACCAAUGUGGUAAAGCCUUUGCAUGUAACAGUAGUCUCCAAAAACAUAAAAGAACUCACACUGGAGAGAAACCUUAUGAAUGUAACCAAUGUGGUAAAGCCUUUGCUGAUAACAGUAGUUGCCAAAGACAUAAAAGAACUCACACUGGAGAGAAACCUAAUGAAUGUAACCAUUGUGGUAAAGCCUUUGCAUGUAACAGUAAUCUCCAAAAACAUAAAAGAACUCACACUGGAGAGAAACCUUAUGAAUGUAAUCAAUGUGGUAAAGCUUUUGUACGUAACAGUCAUCUCCUAGUACAUAAAAGAACUCACACUGGAGAGAAACCUUAUGAAUAUAACCAAUGUGGUAAAGCCUUUGCCGAUAACAGUAGUCGCCAAAGGCAUAAAAGAACUCACACUGGAGAGAAACCUUAUGAAUGUAACCAAUGUGGUAAAGCCUUUGUAGAUAACAGUGCUCUCCGAAGACAUAAAAAUCCAUGUUGCAGAAAAUCCUUAUAAAUAUAACUAAUGUCAUGACGUCUUUUCAUGUAAGACUUAUCUUGAACAAGAACACUUAUUGGAGUGAAACGCUAUGAAUAUAACCAAUGUGUGAAAAACUUUGCCUGCCAUAAUAAUCUCCAUGUACAUAGAAGAAGCACACUGGAUAGAAACUUUAUGAAUAUAAUCAAUGUGAUAAAGCAUUUUGACAUAAUAGUAAUCUCCUAUGACAUAACACAUACUAGAGAGAAACCUUAUGAAUGUAAUUAAGGUGGUAAAGCUA